CCUAACCUCAAAAUUUUCGAUACGUUUACUUCGCAGCAAACGGGAUCACGAAAAGUUGAAUAUUAUUUAAAAUAAGUGAAUAACCAGUGAAUUGAGUUGAUAAAACAAGAAACUGUGUGUGCAUUUACGAGCUGAUUUUCAGAAAUGGGUGUGGUGAAGACUCAAUCUCCGCAAAAACAUCAGCAGAAUAAUAAUAAUAAGGUUGGUAAUAAAAACAAAAGGAAGCGCGACAAUAAACCAAAACAGGAGAAUAAAAAUCAGCAAAAUGGAGGACAAUUUAAUAAAAAGGCGAAUGGUGAUGGUUUACCGAAGCCGAAAGUUUCGGAUUUGGAUAAACUAGUCAAUGCUAAACCUGCUAAGAAGGAUAAGAAAAAUAAAGGGCUAGAAAGUAGUCAGAAUAAACCAGAAACUAAGCCGGAGUUUAAUAAAAAUAAACAGGAAUCAGAUAAGAAGGAUAAGAAAAAUAAAGGGCUGGAAAGCAAUCAGAAUAAACCAGAAACCAAGACGGAGUUCAAUAAAAAUAAGUCAGAAUCAAAUUCAAAUAAACAUGACUCUAACAACAAGCAAGAAGUCAAUAAAAGUAGUCCUGCCCAACAGCAAGGCAAAAAGAAAAAGACCAGAUCACGCAAUAAGAAGAACAAAGAACAAAAACCACAGACUACUGUUACAUCUGAUACAUCCCUAAACGAUUCAACAAAAUCUGUCGACGACCCCAUCAAGAACAAACGCCAGAAAAAACGCGAGAAGACAAAGAAAAAACUCCAAGUCUUCAAAGAAAAAGUCGCACAAGCCAAAGAAGGCAUCAUCAAACCCGACGAACUAAACCUGGAGUCCAUCCAAAAAAAAAUAGCAGACAUCGGAGAACCCAACACAAAUUCAGGAAAGAGACGUCUGCGCAAGUUGAAAAAACUGGAAAAAUUGGCUUUAGGCAAAACCGAUGAAGUCGCCAAAAAAGAUGCCAAGCAAACCACUAAAACUGUAUCCAAAUCCGUUAAACGCAAGGAACGACGUGAUGGUAAAAUCGCGAAGGAAAUCGCUGACCAGAAAUUACAGAAUGAAAUUUGGGAAGAGGAUACCAAAAAAUGUGAGCAGAGGCUUCAGCAGACUAAACCUAAGCCAAAGGCAAAGGAACCUGUAAAGGACAAGGGUAAAGGUAGUAAAAGACCUAUAGAAGACGUUGAUGAUGAUGAUGAUGAUGCUGAAUCUGAUUACGAAGUUGAACGUAUGAUAAAGGCUGAUAAGGUUACCAAAAAACUUAAGGCUGACGUACCUAUGGAUUCUGAAGACGAGGAUGAGGAAAGUGAUGAGAUGGAAGUCGAGGAAGAUGAUGACGAUGAUGAUGAUGCUGAAGCUGAAGCUGAAGAUUCAUUAGUUGAUAAGGAAGCCGAAGAAUCUGAUGAUGACGAUGAUGAUGAUGACGAUGAUGAUGAAGCUGAAGCUGAAGCUGAAGUUUCAUUAGUUGAUAAUGAAGCCGAAGAAUCUGAUGAUGACGAUGAAGAAGCAACAGAAGUCGAUGAUGAAUCUGAAGAAGUUGAUGAUAAAUCUGACGAGGACGAGGAAGACGAGGCUGACACCCAUGACGAAACUCUUGAUGAUUCCCAAAUGACUAUUGAAGACUCCGAUGACGAUGACGAAGACGUUAAACCAGUUCCUGCAGAUACAAAGAAACAAUCAAAACAAGUCGAUAAUAAAACACAAAAGAAAUUCCUAAAUAUUUUAAACAAAAAUGAAGAUAAAAAAGAUGGCACAAAUAAAAAUAAGAACUCUAAAGAGCAACCUCAGAAAAAGGAACUCGAUCCGGAGAAAUUGAAACAACUAGUUGGAAAGAAUGCUCGAUAUGUUGUUUUUGUAGGUAAUUUACCGUAUACUAUCGAUAAGGAUACUUUGAAAACACAUUUUGAUAAAGCAGGACAGAUUAGAGAUGUCCGGAUAGUUAAAGAAAAGGGUUCUAAUAGGCCGAAAGGAUUUGCAUAUGUCGAGCUUACAGAUCCAGAAAGUUAUCAGAGAGCUUUAUCACUCCAUCAUUCAAUGGUAGGUGGUCGUCGAAUCAACGUCCUCUACACCCAACCAGGUCACAAAAAGAGUGCAGAGGCCAAAAAAAUUGUCAAACAAAAAAAUUUCAAACUGGGCGCUAUGAGGAAACAAGGAAUGCUUGCAGGAAGCGUAAAACAAACACAGAGCAGGAACGCUCGAAGGAACAAAGCCAAAGGAAAAGAUGGUGCUAAGAAGCACCGGGAUGAAUAAAUUUAGUAUUAUUAUUAAAUGAAAUUUUUUAUGCUAUUGUUAUAUUAUUAUUGUCGACUGUUGGGUUGUAUUGACUGAAGUGAUGUCUAAGUCUGCAAGA